UGCCUCCCCAGUGCCGCGUACUGUUUGACGUCAUUGCAUCCUUAAUUACGGGAAAAUCCAAGUGCAUUUUGGAGAACCAUGUAAUAUUAGCUGAUCAUCAGCCACCGUCAUCAUGUUCGAGGGCGCGGUCGCCGGGAUCCUGAACCGGCUGCUGGGCAAGUACGUUCAGGAUCUGGACACGGAGAAUCUCAACGUGGGAAUCUUCUCCGGGAAUGUCAACCUCACAGACUUGAAACUUAAGCCUGAGGCUUUGUACGAACUCGACCUCCCAAUAGAUGUGAAGAUCGGUACUAUCGGCCGCAUCGGCCUGCAGAUACCAUGGUCAGGCCUAUACACGCAGCCCGUGGUCGUCAACAUCGAAGAUGUGCUCGUGCUGGUAGGCCCAGCGAUAUCCAACAGCCACUUUGACCCAGAACGAGAAAGACGAUUAACCAGAGCAGCCAAACGAAAAAUCCUUCAGGAUUUGGAAGCCGAGAGUGAAGUCCUCAAAGGUCCCCAGAAUUUCUUCGAGCAUUUGUUCACGGCUAUUGUGAAUAACCUUCAGAUCUACGUCAGAAACGUCCAUAUUCGGUAUGAAGACUCCAUCAGUUCCAAGGAUGGACCCCUCGCGUGUGGACUGUGUCUCCAGAGCUUAUCUAUUGAGACUACUAAUAGUAAAUGGAAACCAUCAGUGACUCCGGCGAAUGCGUCCACGGUCUACCAGAUGAUGCGCAUAGAGUCCAUGUCAGCUUAUUGGAACCCGACGGCGACAGCCUUGGAUGACAACGAGACCGCCCACAUCACACCCAUGCAGUAUUACAAUUGGAAGCAUUAUAUGCUCACUGGCCUGGACAAGUUCUCCAUGCAUCAUGAGGACUUUGAAUUUUUACUGAAACCAGUAACAUGUAAAGUAAAAGUGCUGAUAAAUCGAUCUGGAGAAGCGCGUGUUCCUCGUCUACUAUUGGAUGCAGUGCUGCAAGAUAGUGCACUGCAGCUCUCACGGCGACAAUACCUGUCGAUAAACAAUCUAUUAGCUUCUUUUGAUAGGAUCAAACUGAACCGAAAAUACCGUCAUCUACACCCGGGAGUUCCUCUAUCCAAAGACAUCAAGAAGUGGUGGAAGUAUGCCUACAAUGUAGUCGUAGAACAAAGAGUCAGGCCAUACACCUGGGCAGCCAUUAAGAAGCAUAGAGAGAACUACAACGUCUACAAACAGAUUUAUAAAAGUACCUUGAGAAGUCCAAAUGAUAUUGAACUGAAAUUGGAUCUGCAGAAGUGUGAGGAUAGUCUACCGAUUGUGUCUGUUAUUAUUGCUAGAGAACAAGCUAAAUUUGAAUUGCUCGCCCAAGAACCAGACCGCAUAGAAGUAGUAGAAACAGAAUUUGAUUGGUGGAAGCCAUCGAGCUCUCCAACUGAUGAAAUCGAAGGUUUGAAGAACCACGUGGAGCUCUGUGUGAAGACUGAAAGGAGUAAGAGUCUGUGGAGUCAUCUCUCUAGUCCUGAAAAGAAGAGAGUCUGUGAACUGAUUGGGUAUGUGGAGGGGGCACCACAAAAGGAUAAGUCCAAACAGUACAUUGAACACAAAAUAAACCUGACGUUAGCCAACUGUUCACUGACGCUGAUGAAUAGAAAUAAAGAAGUGCUAGUGCUGACUCUCACACAGUUCCUUGCGUCUUUGGAAACCAGACCUUCGGCUAAAGCAUACAAGCUCUCAGCUCGAGCAGAAAGUAUAGUAGUGGAAGGAGUAACAUCUGACGGUGAUUUGGUUCCACUCCUGACUCCAGAGCGAGGCUCAGGAGUCACCAGUUCCAAUCUACUGGCCAUAGACUUGGAGAAGAAUCCUUGUAGCAAUGAAGCUGAUUAUGGAUUAUGCUGCCUUAUGGAACCUAUGGAGUUGGUCUACAUUGAGCAUUCCUUUACGGAGCUGAUCAACUUCUUCCAAACUCACUCGAUGACCGCUGAGGAGUUGGCAGUAGAAGUCACUGAAGCAGUGCUCAGAGCUGGUGCCGUCAGCAAGUCUGUCCUGGCCUAUGCCAUUAGCCGGAGGAAGGUGUUCCACUUGAAUGUGGAUGUUAAAGGACCCUGCGUGGUCGUGCCGGAGCAUGGAUGUGUGCAUAAGUCUGGUCGCGUAAUGAUCUUUGACAUUAGUCGCAUCAUAGUAAAGUCAGAUCUGCAACCAUCGAACUUGACGCUCGAGGAUGCCACAUGCAUGGAGCUGGAAGAGAGGCUGUAUGAUAGAUUGCAUGCUGAAUGCUCUUGUCAGGUUUUAUUCUGCGAGUGGACAGAUUCAUGGCGUGAAUCACGUCGCCAUGCAGACUCAGAACUGCACUUGAUACCUAAGAUCAAGAUGCAGGUCGUGUUUUCCAACAGUAUCAAGAAAGAUUACAAAUUACUACCAAAAUACAAACUAAACAUCUCUUUAUCAAGCAUCAAGCUGAACCUCUCAGACCGGAUCAUAGGUCUUCUCCUUGAUUUCUGCGACAAUCUCCCUGUUCCUGUACCCAACACCGUGCCAGUCUCCUUCAUGGACUCUGGAGACUAUACUGAGGAGAUGGAAGAACCAGAGAUGGCUGAAAUGCUGAGCAUAGACAGGGUGACUGCUGACCCUGAUUAUAAGGAUCUCAUGAACUUGAGGCAGAAGGUCGUGGCAGCUUAUCUGAGUAGGAGCAAGGCAGCAGAAACCACUUUCGACAAGGCCACAGCGAAGCUCGGGUUCCAAGCAGCCCAGCAGGCCUCUGCUGCAUCAGAACAUAGCGAUGAAGACAUUGAGAUAUAUGCCAGGACUGUCGACCUUCCUGGGUUCGAUGACAAUGUGUCACCUAGUAACAAUAUUAAUACGCUGCUGAGGUUCAUUGUUGGCGAAAUAGUAAUCAACCUGUCUCGUUCGUGUGACCAAAUGGAGAAGCCAUACGUAAUGCUAAGCAUCACGAAGGUCUGCCUGGACGUGGCACUCAUGGAGUACGGUCCUGCUGUCCAGCUGUCUGUCAGCCAAGUGUUACUGACUGAUAAACAACAUCACAGUAGUACGGGACAGUACUUGGAGCUGAUCACUAGCUCUGGGGAGCUGUUUAAUUUAUUGUAUAGGAAGGUUCGCGCCGACUGUCCAGAGUUCCGCUCACACUUCCACAAUGUGGAGCAGGCGUUGGUGGCAGAUGUUGGACAUCUGGCGUUACUGCUGCAUGCUGAUGCAUUGCCAACACUUCUCAAGUAUCUGCAGUACAUUUCUGAUAAGAUCCAGAACCGUCACGCACUUAACCUGAAGAAUGUAGUUCUGCCGAAGUCUAGAUCAUUAUGGGACUACCUGAUGCAGCCUGAAGCUGAUCCGCCUGUACCACCUGGUGCUACCAAAUUCAGUUAUUCUGUCAGAGCAUCAUCAAUAUCGAUGAAGCUGUGCCACAUGGAGAGUGCGGUGCUGGAGAUGAGGCUCGGGUCGUUGGAGAGUGACUGCGUGUUCCGAGCCAACGACCGGAUGAUCUUUAAGUUGUACCUCAGCUCACUGCAUAUUGAUGACCUUGCGGAGGCCACAUUGUAUCCCAAGUUGGUGUGGCCAGACGAAGACAAAGUUCUGGAGAUAAAGUACGUGCGCGCGGCGGCGCGGCUGUACGGCGCGGGCGCGGACCAGCGCUCCAUGAAGGCCCACGGCGAGCUGCGGGUCUACGUCGGCAGGCUGCACGUCGUACUGUUCUGCUGUGUCAUGCAUCACAUACAGCAAGUGCUGGAGCCGCUGGUGCCGGCGGCGGCGACGGAGGCGGCGGGCGCGGCCGAGCGCGCCGCCGAGCGACACGCCGCCGCCGCGCGCUCCGCCGCCACCAGGCUCAACCUCGCCAUCGAGAUUCACGCUCCUGUCCUAUUGCUGCCACAGAAGCCGUCAUCCCCGAAUUUAUUAGUCUUCAAUAUGGGUGAUCUUUUAAUAGAAAACUUCUUCAAGCAGUUGAACACUGGCAAUGAGCCUACCAGUCCCAUCCAGAAUGCUGUUAUAGACAAUAUACUCAUCAAGCUGGUGAACAUCACCUUCUCCAGAGCCGUUAUGACACUAGCUGGAACUUUGGAAGUGCAGGAGCCGAUCCUGGAACCAGUAUCAGUACGUUGCGACCUGAAGCGUGCAGUAUCGUACCAGCAGUUGGUCCGCCUGGCCUCCCUGCGUGACCUGCUGGCGCUGGAGGGCGGGGUCGCGGUGGAUGCCGUCACUCUAAAUGUUGGACAGAAGGACCUCGCCACCAUGCUAGCUGUCUGGAACGAUAACCUCAGCGAGGGCAACUAUAUCGGAAGUAUAGUACCAAGUUCUCCAGUAGAGACAGCACCAUCAGAUUCAUCAGUUAAGAAGUUGCAAGCUUUCUUCGCUCAAGGUGAACCUAUUAGAAAAGAAGCUGUUGUUAGGUUCAUCUUAGACGGCAUAGAACUAAAGCUAUUCUCAGACAUGGAUGAAGUCCUAAGCUCCCCAGUUAGGGAUCUAAACCAUGGACUAGCGAAAUUGACAGCUGGAGAGGCAAUGCUGCAGAUGGAAUACAGCUCCGAUGGAAGUUUAGAAAUCAAAGCUAGUCUGCAAAGCUUGUUAGUUGAAGACAUUCGACCAGAUCCUGGUAUUGUUAUUAAGAGGAUUUUCCAAUCUCAAGGAGGCACGAACGCUGAUGCAGAAGACUCCUGUAUCUCUGUGCGUCGCCCUCCACUUAUAGACGCCAGCCUGCGGGUGACGGGGGCGAAGGCCCGCCAUGCUGACGUCAGAGUAGAUAGGACUAGGUUUAAUCUCGCGCUGCCAUUCUUGCUGCAGCUAGCUAGGACUUUACUGGAUGCUAUGCCAGGUGAAAAGACAAUGGAAGGUGGUGUAGUAAAUCAUGGCUACGUAGGUGAUGUACACCCUUCAAAGACCGGCAACAAUAAUCGUGCUGCGAGACUUCCCAGCUCCAGUGACUCUACUAGCGGUUAUUAUUCAGCAGCGACAUCAAUGUCAGAAGAACAACCAGGUCUAUCAAUAUCGGUACAGUUCCGUCAACCAGAAAUCAUGUUCUUCACUGACCUCACUAAGACUGAAGGUCAUGCGCUUCUUUUACGGACAGAACUCCUUAUAGACUACUCCUCUCACUCUAACAGUGAGUCUUUCGUGGUCUCUUUAGCUGGACUUCAGAUUAUGUCCAAACUUCAAUCAAAGCUAAAGAAUCUACCACCACAGCUGGUACUAAAACCUUGUGACAUAGAAUUUUCAAAGGCUUUUAAGAAUAUUGAGGAGGGUAUAAGAGUGAAGAUGACGGUUUCGGAGGUCGAAGUGCAUAUUGCAGCUACUACAGUGCAUACUGUCAUAGAUAUAAUUGAAGAAAUAACAUCAGAACUAACAAUACCUGAUGAGAAGGAACCUUUCAACUUUGCGACUUACAACCCGAAGUCUGAGAAGCAGGACGAAGACCUCUGGUCUCCAAAGAAGCUGACUCCUUACGUAGUACUGAACCCUGAAGAUAUUUACACACAGCCGAAGUACCCGAGCCUUAGACCUUCGGAGACGUUCAUCAUGAGCGUGCCUUGCGUAAGGAUCAUGUUUGAGAUGGAGCACACUGUCAGGGUACCGGUGCUGAUGAUGAAGAUGAAAUCUGAGGUGACGAUCCACGACUGGUCUCAACAAUUGCACGGCACAGCGUCUCUCAGUAUGAUAGCGUCGUGUUACAACGAGCGCGUGGACGCCUGGGAGCCGCUCAUUGAACCUGUCGUGCAGAACGAGAACGUCUACCGACCUUGGGAGAUCACUGCUACUCUGUUCCAGGCCAAAGCCUAUCCAAUGUCAUCGCGACUCGACACCUCAAGUCAACAAGAGACAGAAGUAGACUCCUCGAUCGCAUCCGAUCAAUCAAAGAAACCUAAAAAGAAGAACGGAUUCGAGUCUGAAACUUCAGCAGAUGAGGGCGACACCGAUAAUGAAAUGACGUUUAUUAAAAAUCCGAAUGGUAGAGAAAGUAAGCAUUACAAUGUGGACUUCAGCGCUGGACAUAUGUCAUUCUUGGGAUUGCUGGAUGGAGAUGAAUCUGACUCGGAGAAUGAAAGUGGACUGAUGGAUAAACUAGCUACUGCUAUUGGACAUUUGUUUACUGAUGACUCCAGUGCUGAAGAAAUGAGCAAUGAUGAAGACUCUUCAGCACCAGAACAAAGUGAAGUAGAAGUAGGCAGUGAUCAUGAUGAGAACGAGAAAGCAGUCACGUUCAUAGAUGGAGAAGCCAAGGGAAAGAAAGAGACAGAACCUAAAACUGUAACGUUACAGGACCCAGUCGUCCGCGAAGACAGUGUGGACUCAGGACUCGAGACAGAGAGUUACAUUGACAAAUCCUGCACCUACAUAGCGGUGGAAGCGAGAGACAUGCUGAACAUCACAAUAACUCCUGCAGGAGCUAGAGCACUGCUGGACCUGGCUGCAGCAUGCACUGACAGAACUGCUGUAGUCACUGCCAUCGUCACUGGGGAAAGUGGACUGUUACUAGUCAAUGAUAUAGGACCGGGAUCAACAGUCCAUUUAAAAACGAAAGCGGAGACAGAUUUGGCGGGCAACGAGAGGAUUAUAGCCAUAGCCGAUUAUGAUGUGGACACUAGCCGGCCUAGCACACCAGGAUGCGACACAUCAUCAGCUGAUCUGCUAGAUGAACCACCAACAAAGCCGAAAAUAAUGACAGACGUCAGUGAUGAAUGGGAUUGCUUCGAGGGUGGUUUCCCCGGCGGCGCGGUGUCCCCGGCGGCGGCGUGCGCGUGGUCCCCCGCGCCCCCCCCGCCGCCGCCCGCGCUGCGCACGCGCCUCACAGACCUCACGCUCACCGUGCGGCUGCACGACCUGGACCAUCUCACUAUCCUGUGUCCGCAACGCAAUGUGUCGAAGCUGCACGUGCUGCACCCGAGCAAGAACUCGACGCGGUACUACAUCGCCGUGGAGAGGACCUCCAAGUAUAACAACAAGAAGAUUGUCGUCCGAUCUCCAUACCAGAUCCGCAACGAAACUUCAUACGCCCUUGAGCUGUUCUACAAGAAGACAGACCUGCAGGCUAUCGGAGCUGAACUGAUAGGAUCCCUGACGAACCCGUUCGAUGACAAGAUGAGGCUGGCCGUAAUAGCUCCACAGGAGACGUAUAACGUACCUCUGUAUAUCGCCUACCACUGUAAACUGUUCUUGCUGCCUUCCAACUUCGAGAGCUACCAAACAGCUACGCAAGGCAUCUGGUGGAUGGAACUAGCGAAUGAAGUGGGUACACCGCGGGACAUGAUAUGUCCUGCCAAGGAUGGGGAAGACAAGAGAAUAUUCGCCAUGAGGAUCUUGCCUGUGGAAGGUUGCCAGUCAUCCAAGAUCAGCCGAGCGAUCCCGAACUACGUGGUGCGCGUGGUGCCGCCGCUGGCCGUGUACAACCGCCUGCCGUACGCCACGGAGGUGCGCUGCGAGGCGGCGGCGCUGCGCAUGCGCAUCGAGGCGGGCGAGCGCGCGCACUGCUACACGCUGGCGCUGCCGCAGCCGCACCGCCUGACGCUGGCGCUGCACUACGUCGGCCUGCUGUGGACCGGCAGCUUCACGCUGUCGCCGGACGUGACGGAGAAGACAGUGUCGCUGCGCAGCGAGGGCGAGGCGGCGGGCGAGGCGGCGGGCGGGGCGGGGGGCGCGCAGUGCGUGGCGGUGGUGGCGCGCGUGGCGCGGCGCGACUGCUGGCAGCUGUUCCUGCACGCGCAGCACUGGCUCAUCAACAAGACCGGCCUGCCGCUGCACGUCAAGGGUGGUCAGUCAGACACUUGCUACGAGGUGACGGAGGAGCCUCUACUGUGGAGUCCUGGGACUCGAGGCCAUCGGCGAGGGGCGCGAGUUCGGUUCCGUGCGCACCACUCCGCGUGGUCACGAGCUGCGCGCCUGGCAGCUGCAGCUCCAGGGCUGGUCGUGUGUCCUCAUACUGAGAGACGCACCAACUAUCGGCUACUGCUUAACGUAACCCUAUCAGAACUAUGUCCUCAAUUGACGAAAAUUGUGACGCUUUUACCAUAUUUCCUGGUCUACAACGACACCAAGCGUCAUUUGCGUUUCAUGGAGGAGAAUGAAGCGGCCGACCUUUGGAACGACCUAGCCCCUCAGCAAUGUACUCCGUUCUGGCCGCAGACGGACUCCAUGUCCAUGCACUGCAAGUACCGGGACUCCACUGUGGUCUCCCAACACUUCCCUAUUACGAAGAAUCAUUUUACGGUGUUGAGGAUGGAUAAGGGGACAGCAAUCUGCGUGGAAGUGACUGGCGGUACUGACCGUCCCUUCACCAUCACCUUUAAGCCCUACACGGCAGGGGACUCACCAGUUCGUAUCGACAACUUAUGUGAUGACUUAUUCCUCAAGUUGCACCAGGCAGACUCGGGCCAGGUGGCUCUACUGAGCCCCUAUCAGUCCAUGCUAUAUACUUGGGACGAUCCCGCAAAAGAAAGGAAACUGAUGUGGAAUAUUUAUAACAAUAAGGGCAAAGGAUUUGAUGCUGCUUUCAAUCAGGACGGCUACGGUGAAGAGAAAGUAAGUUUCCACUCAGUAAAGCACUCAACCCUGGUAGCAACGAACAGCGUCACGUCCAAACUAUCUUCGACUCUCAAGAGACUGACUCCAAAGUCCCCUGAACCCUGCUCUUCAAGCAGUGAUGACUCUGACAGUUCAGACCUUCCUGAAGCACACGCUAAAACUAAGAAGAUGAGGAAAGACAAGGUGGUGGUCUACUGGAUAUCUUACAUGGAUGGAUAUCAAAGAGUUUUCGCAUUGGCGCAAGACGAAAGAAUAGCGUACCAAUACAGGAUGCGCAUCAACGCAGAAAGAAGUAACUACGAGGUCUACAUGUCCUUGUCAGGAGUUAGUCUUUCAGUUUGUGUGCCUACUCAUGCAGGAGUCAAGGAACUGGCGUAUGUCAGCAUAACUGAUUCUUUGCCUCGGUGGGAAGUCAACGUCAACCACAAGUGGAAGCAACUGUCCCCUGACCUGACAUCUUGGAUCGAAGACAAGUACCAGACGGAUCAAAAGAAAUGUCAACUGAAAGAGUACAUCCAUUUGGAUUUGGAGAAAAUGCAGAUGACCAAGCCAUUCUUCUCUGAGCUCCGUAGAACGUACAACCCUGGUGUAUGGCUGCAGUUACGUAAGUCUGAAACUUAUACGUACUGUCACCUGAAGUGUCAAAGGUUACAGAUUGAUAACCAGCUUCAUGAGGCAGUGUUCCCGAGUGUAUUGUACCCGGCACCGAUACCUAACGACAUCAGAACGAGUAAAGGCUUAAAACCUUGCGUAGAAAUAGUUGCUCUGAAGCAGCACCGACCAAGUUUGAAUCAGGAUGUGUACAAAUACGUCAAGAUCUUAGUUCAAGAGUACUGUGUGAACUUGGAUCGUGGUUUUGUGAAUUAUGUCUUUGAUAUCCUAAACCACUGGAAGAUUCAGGAGAAGCCAGCUGUGAGGUUACGAGCUGACCUUGCAUUAGUACACAUGCCAUUACCAGUUAUUGCAAUGAAGAGCCAGGUUACUACGCAGAAGAACGUGUUCUUUGAAUACGUUCACCUGUCUCCAGUGAAGCUGGUGCUGAGUUUGUCAUCUCGAGGAUAUUCUGCAGAGUCAACCAAUAGUCCCAGCAAGACAAGGUUCGGGAACAAGAAAGAGAAUAGGCCUAAACUGUUCAACAGUGAUCUUUUGGAGUAUUUGUUCAAUUCUUGGGGAUCCUCGUUGUGUGACAUGAAGGACGUGGUUAUAAAAAUGUCAUACUUGGAAUUCCGUAACGCUCCCAUCACCACAUCAACCCUGGUGGAGCAAGCCUCACACCACUACUGGACACAGCUGGUGCAGCAGUUCUAUGUCCUGGUCCUCGGGCUCAACAUCUUGGGGAACCCGUAUAGCCAUAUUGGAGACUUCUCUAGAGGACUAAAGCAGUAUUAUGAACCUUGUAUGGGUACCGCUCUAGGCCGUAAGAUCAUGGAUGUAGCCUCACGCCUGGAGGACGGAGCAGCAGCGCUACUAGGACUGCGAGCGAGCCCAACUACAAGGACCAGUGCCAUGUUUGAUGAUCUGCCUAAACCACAAACGCCAAGACGGAAACCAGGGGAAGUACCUCAACUAAGCAACGAUAUCCCGGAGAGUGUGAUAGAAGGAGACAGCAGUAAUCAAGCCAGUAUCGCACUCGCUCUCACAGCUCUCGUCGCUAGGCCAACAUUUGAUGACGACUGUGUCGUUGUGAGAAAUGUAUGUCGCGAGGCAGCCCGUGCAUCUCUGUCUCGGCAGCUGAACGUCAGCAGCGCGGAGAGUGCGUUGAAGGCCUGCGUGGAACGGAGUGGUGGUCGGUUACUGGCGCGGCGCCGACUGCCACGGCAUUGUGAUCCUAUUGAAGGAGUCCGACCAUUCUCCCAGCACGCUGCGCUGGGGCUGCAGCUGCUGACGCUGCUAGGACGGGGCCACUACGCCGACACUGACGCAUACAUUGCGCAUGCGCAUCUGGGACCUACAUCCAAUUGCACGCUGCUUAUAUCUACGCAACACAUAUUCAUGGUCCGAGCGAGUGGCACCAGCGGCUCCUGGCACGUGGAAUGGGCAGUGAAGCUGGAUGACGUCAUUGGCUCCCCCAUAGUGCAUGGAGACAAACUGCUGCUUAACAUUAAACAGGACGAGCUUGUAAACUAUUUCUCAACGGACGAAAAGGUGAUAGAGGUAUCAGACCCAGAGGUACUGACCUGGUUGCACUCCAAGAUUGAGUGUGCCCUCAUCCUGGCGUUAGAAGACAAGAGAUGCGUCUCUACUGAGUAGAACUAAACUACAAUAAGGCCAAAAACGAGAUCUCUACAGACUUAUAGAAACUUACUUUAUUUAAUUACUUUUAGAGUUCAUUUUUCAAUGAUAUCUUUGAAAUAAUUGUGGUAAUGGAAAUUGGACUUCAUCAAAAGACGUUUAAAAUCAAAAUUGAGUUAUUGGGUAUCUCGUCUAUUGGUCUUAACUUUAUUAUGUACUUACACUGAUUUAUAGGUACCCAUAUAUUCAUGAUACAGUUAAUUGCCCAUCAGAAAGUUUUAAGGAAUAUGAUCUUUAUUUCUUCAGAUUUAAGAGUUAUAAUUUGAAUGACAAAUAUCAUUCACACUAAGUUAGAACUUUCGAAAUGUAAUAACUAUGAAAAAUCUUUGAUAUGGGAUUAACUGAAUCUACCAUUAUAUUAUGUAUGUAUUUAAUACAUAAAUAGACAAUUUGUAACUAAUACAAUUUAAGAAAACAUUUUAUUAUCGACAUUGUCUAAAAACGGGGGCUUAUCACUAGGGGGCGCUACAGAACGGUGAAUCACUAGAGGCAUAAAUAGAAUGAAAUAAAUAUUGCCUUGUCUAUGAAUCAGCACAGAAGUGCCAUUGGCGCCACCUAGAGUUAAUGGAUAGCUCCCAAAUUGUUUAUAAACAGAAAACUAAAUGACAAAGGCAAAAUUCCCUCUGCCAAAUUGAAAUAGGUGUUUAUAUAACUUGUUUAUGCAUAGAAUAUAUUAAAAACAGUGAUAUUUGUACAUUAUCUAUAUGAAAAUCACCUCAUUCAUGAUGUGUUACUAAUAAUAAUUCUAUAAUUUAUUCUUAUUCAUCAAUUUCUGUUUGGAAUUAUGCAGGGGACAUAUCAGACCAUCAGGAAGCCUUUAAGUCUGUUUUGUAACGACAAUAAUUUAAAAACAAAAUAUUUGUACCUAUUAAAUUCAUAUUUUUUGAUCUCAAUAUCUAGUCAGCUUUUGCGUACACCUAUUUUAAUUUACUUUUAAGUAUAUUCAAAGCCAAAUCACGCGUAUUUACUUAUUUUCAAUGCAACUGAUUUAAUAAGAUUACUUCAUGUAAAUCAGCUUUUGGUCAUAUCGUCAUAAUUGCUAUUUGGAUAGAAAUUAUCGAUGCAGUGGAUACUAAUUACAAGGUAAAUUUAAUAAACUAAUUGUCGUGAUCUGUAACUUGGGUGUCGUAUAAACGAAUUGUAGUUAAAAUGGCCGACAAAUGUGUCGCCCUCUAGCGCAAAUUAUAAUAAACUGUGCAAUUUCAUUGCCUAAUUAAUUUAGUACUCACUGAUAUUGUAAUAAAUGUUAAAGUAUUUUCAUAUUAAAUUGAAUAUUUAUAUUGUUUUAUGUAUCGUUCUUUAAGCUUUAGUACGUAAGCUUGUUAUCUAUAUUACUAAUACAUAUAAAGCUGAAUAGUUUGUUUGUUUGAAGCUAAUCUUCAAAUACAUCACGAUGUGACCUAUAGGAGCCGAGCAGCGCGGUAAACUUCGCGAGAGUAGCUAGUAAAGAAAUACAUUUAAUCAUUUUGUCGUUAGAGUAGGUUUAUAAUUUACCUACCAGUAUUCUGAUCUCUGCCCUUAGGGCGACAAAAUAAUAAAUGUCUUUGAAUUUUCGGUGUCCAUACUAAUAAUUGUUUGUGUGUCCUAAAUGUUUUAAUGUAGACAGAAUUGUUGUCAUGUUGCACAAACUACAUUUUAGUUGGCUCCUUCAUUCAUUUCUUAAUUCAUCUUUCAAUAUUUUAGGAAUUUACUGCCCACUUAUUAAAGUCAUGGAAUGCUAAUUAAAAUAUCAUAGUCCAUCUCGUUCACAAGUAGGUAUUAAAAUGUGAGCGAGAUCCAAUAAAAAAAUAAAUAGUGUUGCCAAAAUCAUUUUUAGGCCAAUGUUGCCAGUAAUAAGAAAAACUUUUAUAUAUUUUUUGGGAAUGUUUGAAGGAGUCUUUAAUGUUUCAUUAUCAUUUAGCAGGCCACAUAGUAGCUUAACCCAUCGCAAGUUAAGAUACAUGCUUACAUCGAAAGUUAAAAUAAAAUCAAAAUCAUGAAACUUGAAUGUUUUUUAAAUGGAAAAUAAAACGUGAUUCUGAUGUUUGGGUCUUUUAUUUUAGUUAAUAAAUAUUAAUAACAUUUUGGAAUACAGUUAUUCUGGGUAAAAUUAGAUGACUUGCUAUGAAUGUUGGAAACUGUCAGAAUACCUUUGUACUUAAACGACCAUUACUAUGGCCUCACAGAAAAUCGACGUCACAGAAACAAUGCUUGCGUUGUGUUUCGUCGUGUGAGUGAGGAUACC